AUGACGACGUUUCCGCCUUCGAUAAACCCUGCCGAGGGAGAGAGGCUCACAGAAGUCGUCAAGGACUGGGCCGCUGCCAACGGGCUUGUUGUUCGGCCGCCCCCAGCUGUCGUCUCCGCCGAGGCUGAUCCUCAAGGCAUUCUCGCCACGCCCGUGCCCGUCACCCUGUUCCCCAGCCCCUUCCCCAAGGUCUGCUUUGAUCAGGGCGUCAGUGUGCAGCAAGCAUACAACGAGCUCUAUGCAGCGAUCAGCCAGGAUGAGGAGUUCCUGGCCCAGACAGUCAAGGAGAUCGGCGACAGCGAUGACUUCAUCACAGAGCUGUGGAAAGUUCACCUGAGAGUCAAGGCUGAAGGAUACGUCCAGCACAAAAGCCUUGGCCUCUUCAGGUCCGAUUACAUGGUCCACCAAGACACCCCAGACUCAUCGCCGUCCAUCAAACAAGUCGAGUUCAACACCAUCGCAUCUUCCUUCGGCGGACUGUCUGCACAGACAUGCUUACUUCACAGAUAUCUUGCUUCCACGGAGUAUCCUCUGCUCGAGAACGAGAUUCCUCUUGGGAAGCUCGACUUGCCGCGGAACGCGAGCGUGGCAGGGCUGGCAGGAGGCAUCCGGCAAGCGUUUAUCGAAUAUGGAGCACCAACCACAUCCCACCCCAAGUGCGUGAUCUUCCUCGUCCAAGGAGGUGAGAGGAACAUCUUCGACCAGAAGCACCUCGAGUUCGAGCUCCAAAAGUCCGAACAGCCGCAAGUGCCCGUCUUCCGCCUGCCUUAUGCCGAGAUUCUCCAGCACACACGCAUAGCAGACGGCGCAGGCCGCGAGCUGCUCUACACGCCACCCAAGUAUCCCGGCCGCACGUUUGAAGUCGCCGUCAUCUACAUGCGCAGCGGCUACGGCCCCGGCGACUACCCGGACCAGUCCGCCUGGGAGGCGCGCUACCACCUCGAGCGGUCCGCGGCCAUCAAGUGCCCGUCCGUGCUGACGCAGGUCGCCGGGACCAAGAAGGUCCAGCAGGUCCUCGCGACGCCCGAGACGCCGUCGAACCCGUCCAUCCUGACAAAGUUCCUCGCCACGGGUGCCACGAGCACCACCAAGCUCGCAGCCACUUUCACAAACAUCUACCCGCUCGACGGCAGCGAGGCCGGGCUCAAGGCGCGCCAGAUCGCCCAGGACCCGGAGCUGUGCAAGAAGUACGUGCUCAAGCCCCAGCGCGAGGGCGGCGGCAACAACAUCUACCGCUCCGCGAUCCCCGAGUUCCUCAAGACCAUCCCCGAGGCGCACUAUACGUCGUACAUUCUCAUGGAGCUCAUCACGCCGCCGCCCGUGACCAACACGAUCCUGCGCAACGGCAAGCUCGAGCACGGCGGCGUCAUCUGCGAGCUGGGCAUAUACGGCACUUGUCUGUGGGACGGCCAGAGCGGCAAGGUGCUGCACAACGAGCAGGCGGGCUACCUGCUGCGGACAAAGGGCGACAAGAGCGAGGAGGGCGGCGUGGCUGCGGGCUUUGGAUGCAUGGAUAGCUGCAGCCUCGUCUAA